AUGAAGAAUGAGGCGGAAAAAAAGAAAAGGGCCAGACCACCACUUACCCUUAUGUUUCUAUUCUUGUUGCCUGGAAGAAGUUCCCAAGUCAGAUUCCCCGAGUCCCAACAGUGUGGUCUUAUCGAAGGACGUUUCGUUAUCGAUCUCCAGGGGGGUAGGAGGAUCUACACCGGCCUUUCUCUGUGGAUUGUGUUGUCGGCUUGUUCAGGUCUUGUCUUUUCCCAAGAAAGUUGGGGAAGGAUUGCUUUGUUGAGUUUGGUUACUUUACAGAACUUUGCCUUGUGUCUGGGUAACUAUUUGUUAUCUCGUCCCGCCGGCGAGGGAAAACUUCACGCCCCCGUUCGAUCUUCCGCCGUCGUGAUUGGCUCACACGUCACCAACAGCGCCUCUUCAGUCGGCGCUGAUUCGUUCCGUAUUCGUUCCUAA